ACCACUCUUCAAAAUCUAUUUACAAAAAGAAAAACUAACCUCCCUCCGUCAAUGGCUGAAGUUCGACGACGACCUGCAUGGAAAGAAGACGUAACGAGACGACGGUAAGGAAGAGGCACGAAGGUAUUAUAAUAAUAUACUCUAAACCUAUCAAUGGCUUUAAGAUCAAACCUUUACUCUAAAUUACCUAACUUGACAAGUCUGCGAGAUGCAAUAUUGAAAUCUACAUUCUCCAACUACGAUCUCUUCUCGAAGCUCUUGCAAACCUGCAUCGAUCAAAAUUCCAAAAGGUUAGGCCUUUCUGUUCACAAUCAGAUAGAAACGAAUGGCAUUCAAUCAACCACGUACUUGACUACCAAGCUGGUAAUAUUUUACUGCAAAAUAGGUCGUAUGGUUGACGCACGUAAGGUGUUCGACAGAAUGCCUGAGAGAAGUGUAGUUAGCUGGACUUCUCUUUUAUCUGGGUAUUCUCAAAACGGUUACCCAGAAGAAGCCUUGGCGAUAUUCUCGUCAAUGCAUCGACAUGGUCAUGUUAAGGCUAACCAGUUCACUUAUGGAAGUGCUUUAAGGGCAUGUAUUAGUUUGAGGUGUUUAAAGAUUGGUAAACAAAUCCAGGGAUGUAUUCAAAAGGAUAAGCUUGUAGAUAACUUAUUUGUGCAGAGUGCUUUGAUUGAUUUACAUUCUAAAUGUGGAAAGAUGGAAGAUGCUUCAUAUAUCUUCGGGUUGAUAUCGUUGUCGAUGAGAGAUUUAGUCUCGUGGAAUUCCAUGCUUGGCGGCUAUGUUGUUCAAGGUUUUCCAACCGAAGCAUUUGUGUUGUUUCGUUCUAUGCUCCUAGAAGGGUUGAUACCCGAUAGUUUCACCUUAGGGAGUCUUAUUAAAGCAAGCACUACCCGAGGGAAUGAUCGAACCACUAGGGUCGGGGCGGGCGCGAUUCACGUAUUCGUAAUCAAACAUGGUUAUGAAUCUCACAAUGUAAUUUCCGGUUCCUUGAUUGAUUCCUACGCAAAAUGCGGCGAUGUGAGAUCUGCGUAUCGCGUUCACGAAAACAUGAAACGUAAAGACACUGUAUCUACGACUGCAUUGAUCACCGGAUACGCCCGGGAAGGGAUCUUCGGAGAAGAUUCGAUUGCCCUUUUCCGGGAAGCGCAUCGGAGGACUCACAAGGGAGGCGUAGACAACAUCAUGUUAUGCUCUAUGCUCAACGUGUGCGCAAAUAUGGCUCGGAUCGACUUAGGAAGACAAGUCCACGCUUUGACGUUAAAAUCUUGGAGCGGUGGGGGCGACGUGGCGAUGGGAAACGCUCUCAUCGACAUGUAUUCGAAAUCGGGAGAGAUCGAGGACGCGAACGAGGUUUUCGACGAGAUGGAGGUUAAAAACGUCAUUUCCUGGACGUCGAUGAUCGCCGCAUGCGGGAAGCACGGUUUGGGACAGAGGGCGGUUGCAUUGUUUGGCCGGAUGGAGACUGAAGGAAUCAGACCGAACGAUGUUACUUUCUUGUCAGUUAUGUUCGCGUGCAGUCAUUGCGGUUUGAGCGAGGAAGGAUGGGAGUAUUUCAAUGUUAUGAUGGGUAAGUACAAGAUUGAGCCGAGGGCAGAGCAUUAUUCUUGCAUGGUUGAUAUGUUUGCUAGGGGAGGACGGUUGGAAGAAGUUUACGGUUUGUUGUGUGAUAUGAAGAAUGUGGUGCCUAAUGCUUCGUUAUGGGGUGCGGUUCUUGGGGCGUGUUGUAGGUAUGGGCAUAUGUCGAUGGGAGAGAUGGCGGCUAGGCGAUUGUUUUGUAUGGAACCGGAGAAGGCGGUUAAUUAUGUGGUUUUGGGAAGUAUAUAUGCUGGAGCUGGUUUGUGGGAUAAUGUUUGGAAAACGAGGAAAUUGUUGGAAUUGAGAAGUUUAAGGAAAGAUCCAGGAUAUAGUAGCACCCAUUACAAUAGACUAGCCACGGAAAAUGGUUUGAUUCUUUUGCCUGUAAGAUAGUAUAAAUGUUUUUUUAUUGGAAUAGUUUUGAUAAUUUGG